UUUGAUUUUUUAUUUUUCACUUUCGGCCCAAAAGUCUUUCAAUAUUUGAAUUAGUAGGCCCUACUUUCUUUUACUUUGAAAUUGUUCUCCAUUACCGUUCUCUGCUCUCCAUAGAUUGUUCAUCUUCAUCAAAUCUUACCUACCGCAAACUCAUCGGACGUUUCGAAUCCAACUUCCGAUAACCGUUAACUACUUUCAUUGGAUCUAUAGAUCUGAGCGUCGGUGCGAGGUUUUGCUCGAUCUUCGAUCCUUUCCAGGGAAAAAUGGCGACGAUGAAGAGUUUGAUAGGUUUGAUUAACAAAAUCCAGAGAGCUUGUACUGUCCUCGGAGAUCAUGGAGGUGAAGGAAUGUCGCUUUGGGAAGCUCUCCCAACCGUCGCUGUCGUCGGUGGCCAGAGUUCCGGAAAAUCUUCAGUGCUAGAAAGUGUAGUGGGAAGAGAUUUUCUACCUCGUGGAUCUGGUAUUGUUACGAGGAGGCCAUUGGUGUUGCAGCUUCAUAAGACUGAAGAAGGAACAACAGAGUAUGCUGAGUUUCUUCAUGAUCCUAGGAAGAGGUUUACUGAUUUUGCUGCUGUGCGAAAGGAGAUCGAGGAUGAAACUGAUCGUAUUACUGUUGUUAAUCUGACGCUCAUAGAUCUUCCGGGUUUGACCAAGGUUGCUGUAGAGGGACAACCGGAUAGUAUCGUCCAAGACAUUGAAAACAUGGUCCGCUCUUAUGUUGAGAAGCCAAAUUGCAUCAUAUUAGCUAUUUCUCCAGCUAAUCAAGAUAUUGCUACCUCAGACGCAAUAAAACUUGCUAGAGAAGUUGAUCCUACAGGUGAAAGAACUUUUGGAGUGGCAACCAAGCUUGAUAUCAUGGAUAAAGGAACUGAUUGUCUAGAUGUUCUUGAGGGACGGUCGUACCGUUUACAACAUCCCUGGGUCGGAAUUGUGAAUCGUUCACAGGCCGAUAUCAAUAAGAGAGUCGAUAUGAUUGCUGCACGUAGGAAAGAGCGUGAAUAUUUUGAAACAAGCCCUGAAUACGGGCAUUUAGCCAGUAGGAUGGGGUCAGAAUAUCUAGCAAAACUCUUGUCUCAGCACUUAGAGACUGUUAUCAGGCAGAAAAUCCCCAGUAUUGUUGCUUUAAUCAACAAAAACAUCGAUGAGAUAAAUGCAGAGCUGGACAGAAUUGGGAGACCUAUCGCUGUUGAUUCCGGGGCUCAACUUUACACCAUUUUGGAACUCUGUCGGGCAUUUGAUCGUGUUUUUAAAGAGCACUUGGAUGGAGGACGACCUGGUGGAGACCGGAUCUAUGGAGUUUUUGACCAUCAAUUACCAGCAGCCUUAAAGAAACUUCCCUUUGAUCGACAUCUCUCUACCAAAAAUGUUCAAAAGGUUGUAUCAGAAGCAGAUGGUUAUCAGCCACAUCUUAUUGCUCCUGAGCAAGGAUACAGAAGGCUAAUUGAUGGAUCCAUUGGCUAUUUCAAAGGACCAGCGGAAGCCACUGUCGACGCAGUACAUUUUGUAUUGAAAGAGCUGGUCCGAAAGUCGAUUUCAGAAACAGAGGAGCUGAAGCGAUUCCCAACUCUAGCCAGUGAUAUAGCAGCUGCUGCAAACGAAGCUCUUGAAAGAUUCAGAGACGAAAGCAGAAAAACAGUUCUGCGUCUGGUGGACAUGGAAUCUAGCUACCUCACGGUUGACUUCUUCAGAAAACUUCACCUUGAACCCGAGAAAGAGAAACCGAACCCGAGAAAUGCUCCACCACAAAACGCAGACAUCUACGGCGAUAAUCACUUCAGAAAGAUCGGAUCCAACGUGAGUGCGUACAUAAACAUGGUGUGUGACACAUUGAGAAUUUCACUUCCCAAAGCUGUUGUUUACUGCCAAGUUAGAGAAGCUAAGAGAUCGCUCCUCAACUUCUUCUACGCUCAAGUCGGCAGGAAAGAGAAGGGGAAGCUGGGGGCGAUGUUGGACGAAGACCCACAGCUCAUGGAACGAAGAGGAACCUUAGCGAAACGUCUCGAGCUUUACAAACAAGCUAGAGAUGACAUCGAUGCCGUGGCUUGGAAGUAAGGUCUGAUCAAAGGGUUCCCUAAGAAAUAUUCUUUAUAUCUUUAGUUUCAUUGCUCGUGUGAACACUUCUUACAUUAUUAUUAGAUAUAUGGUUGAAGUUCUAAACUCCAAUCUUUUGCUGCACACACUCGAUAACUCAUAUUUGUCUCCCACGUCGUGGUGUGUAUUUUCGAUUCUUUACUACUGUUUACAUUAUUAAGACAGCACUGCAAGAUAUUCCCCAGGAAUGUUAACAGUUAAC